AGUCCUUCAUAAGCAAGUUAACAGGUGUAGUAUUCAAUUAGUCGUUAGUAAUACGUCAAUAGUCACAUAGCGGUAUUCGGUAAUCAAAACGAAAAAAAUAUGGAAAAUAUAGUGUUGUACGCAAUUGGCGGAAGUGCACCGAGUCGCGCCGUUUUGCUUACUUUGAAAGCGCUAAAUGUGCCCUUCGAAUACAAAAUGUUAAAUUUAUUGGCUGGUGAGAAUCGUACACCCGAAUAUCUCGCGAUUAAUCCACAUGGCACAGUACCAACAUUGGUUGACAAUGGAGAGAUAUUCACCGAUUCUCAUGCAAUCACCACAUAUUUGGUUGACAAAUACGGUUCUGACGACUCACUCUAUCCCAAGGAUCUGGUACAGCGCGCCAAAGUCAACCAAUUCUUGUUCUAUGAAGCCACCGUGGUUUUCGAUCGCACGUUCAUUCAUAUAAGCAAAGCUGUCUUCAAUAAUAAUAAUGUGAUUCCAUGGGCCAAAAUUGAUGCUAUCUAUAAGGUGUACGAUAGUCUGGAGGGUUUCCUAAAAGUGCAUCCAUAUGUGACUGGCGAACAACUAACGGUUGCCGAUUUUUCACUCGUCGCCACCAUAACCACCUUAUUCACUUAUGCUGAACUCGAUGCGGGUAAAUAUCCGAAAAUUGCCGAAUGGGUUAAGCGAUUGGAGGCGUUGCCUUACUAUGCCGAAGCCAACGGUGUUGGAUUGCAGCAAUAUAAAGAUAUUGUAAAAUCAAUUGGUUUUAGAAUUUUACGUUAAUUAAAAGUAAGAAUUUUGCUUAAUAAGUAAAAA